CACAAUCUCUCUCUGGAACAGCGUCCAUCGUAGCGUCCAUCCCUUUUCUACACUAAGCAAAAAGCGCACACAACAUAUACAUACAGCUUCUCCUCUUCUUCUUUUUAUCUUCGCGAGCUUAAUCGUGUCGGAGAAAAUGUCGUACGACUACCUCUUCAAGUAUAUAAUCAUCGGAGACACUGGUGUUGGAAAAUCUUGUCUUCUGUUACAGUUUACGGAUAAGAGGUUCCAGCCGGUGCAUGAUCUAACAAUUGGGGUGGAAUUCGGGGCUCGUAUGGUCACCAUCGACGGCAGGCCCCUUAAGCUUCAGAUUUGGGAUACUGCUGGCCAAGAAUCUUUCAGAUCGAUCACUAGAUCAUAUUACAGAGGAGCAGCUGGUGCACUACUUGUUUAUGACAUAACCAGGAGAGAGACAUUUAAUCAUCUGGCAAGCUGGCUGGAAGAUGCUCGGCAGCAUGCAAACCCGAACAUGACGAUCAUGCUUGUAGGAAACAAAAGUGAUCUUGCUCACCGACGAGCUGUAAGCAAAGAGGAGGGAGAACAGUUUGCCAAAGAAAACGGACUUUUAUUCUUGGAAGCAUCUGCUAGAACAGCCCAAAAUGUUGAGGAGGUGCCAUAUUUGAAGCAAAAGUCCAAAAUCUAAUGAAACUUUUCUUUCUUAAUGCGACUAAUGCAUUAUAGA